CGGAAACUAUUUGCAGCCUUAAUUCACCAAGGAUGGCAAGUUCCGCAAGUUUGGUUUCAUUGGCUUUAAGUCUGAAGAUGAAGCCAAAACAGCAAUGAAUCAUUUCAACAAGAGUUUUAUAGACAUGGCCAGAAUCACGGUAGAGUUCUGUAAAUCAUUUGGUGACCCAUUGAAACCCAGAGCUUGGAGCAAACACUCCCAGAAUCCUUCUGCACUGGAUAAGCCUACCAACAAUUCCAAAACAAGUCCAGUUCCCACAAACAGAAAGAAAGAAAAAAAGAAGAAAAGUACAACAGGAAGCUUAAAAGAGCUGGAAGGAGACGAGGCAUUCAAAGAAUUUUUGGUAGUUCACCAAAAACGGACACAGGUGGCCACUUGGGCUAAUGACACAUUGGCAGAACAGCCCAAGACAGGGAAGUCAAAGCCAGUGGAUGAUUACCUAAACUUUGACUCGGAUGAGUCAGAGGAGCUCAGCGAAGAGGAGAAGAGCAGGGGAGAGCAACAUGAGGAGCAAAAAACAACAAACACUAAAAUGAAGAAGAGCCCCAGGGAAAAGGCAGCUGCCAGGAAAGAGCUCUCCGAUAUGGAUUACCUGAAAUCUAAAGUGGUGAAAAAUUCCUCAUCUUCCUCAUCAGAGGAGGAGAGUGAGGAGGACCAGCCUGAUAGUGAACAGUGUGAGGGGGGAAGCGAGGUCGAGAGAGAACCUGGCAGCAUGAAAGUCAUCAGUGCUCAGAUGGAAACAGAGGCAAAGCUGGAAGGACAUAGCAAAGAGCAGGGGACUGUGGUGGAGGAGAAGAAGAAGAAAAAAGGAGAGAAAUUGGAGCUGAAGAAUGAAGUCAGUUCCAGUAUAGCUACCACGCCGUACACAGUAAAGCUACGAGGGGCUCCUUUCAAUGUCACCGAGAAAAAUGUUCGAGAAUUCCUCUUGCCCUUGAAGCCGGUGGCAAUCAGGAUAGCAAGAAAUAUUCAUGGGAAUAAGACAGGCUAUGUCUUUGUUGACUUCAACAGUGAGGAAGAAGUACAGAAAGCCUUGAAACGAAACAAGGAAUACAUGGGUGGGCGCUACAUCGAAGUUUUCCAAGAGGAGAGUAUGCUGAAGAUGAAACUCACCCGAAAGGGUGAAGACCAGCCCUGGCAAAGGAGGAAGAAGGAUGAUGAGGAAGAGGAGGACCUGUCUGAGUCAGGGAGACUCUUUGUACGGAAUCUCCCUUAUACUAGCACGGAGGAGGAGUUGGAGCAAAUAUUUUCCAAAUAUGGCCCCCUGUCCGAGAUCCACUUGCCCGUUGACAAUCUGACCAAGAAACCCAAGGGAUUUGCCUUUAUCACCUACAUGAUUCCUGAGCAUGCAGUGAAGGCCUUUGCAGGAGUGGAUGGGCAGGUAUUCCAGGGUAGGAUGCUGCAUGUGUUACCCUCCACCAUAAAGAAGGAAGAAAGGGAGAACCUAGAUGCUGCAGGAUCCUCUUCCUACAAAAAGCAGAAAGAGUCUAAAGACAAAGCAAACAGUGCCAGCUCACACAACUGGAAUGCACUCUUCAUGGGGACAAACGCUGUGGCAGAUGCAAUUGCACAGAAGUACAAUGCUACCAAGAGUCAAGUGCUUGAUCACGAAGGCAAAGACAGCGUGGCUGUGAGAGUAGCGCUGGGAGAAACCCAACUAGUCCAGGACGUCCGCCAGUUCCUGAUGGACAAUGGAGUCAGUCUGGAUUCCUUCAGUCAGGCUGCUGCAGAGCGGAGUAAAACUGUGAUCCUAGUGAAGAACCUUCCUGCUGGCACUAAAGUGAUGGAACUGGAGGAAGUCUUUGGUCCAUAUGGCAGCCUGGGGCGGGUUCUGCUUCCGGAAGGAGGGAUCACAGCCAUUGUGGAAUUCUUGGAGCCUACAGAGGCCAAGCGAGCCUUCACCAAGCUGGCCUACUCCAAGUUUCAGAACGUCCCUCUAUAUCUCGAGUGGGCUCCCAUGGGUGUCUUCUCCUGCCCACCCCCCGAGAAGAAACAGCCUGAGAUUCCAGAGGAGAAAGGAGAAGCAAGGCUGGGAACUGCUGGUGACGAAACUGAGGAAGCUAGAAAGGGCUCAGAAGAAAUAGUGGAGGAGGAGGAGGAAGACGAAGAGGAAAGUAUUCCAGGAUGCACGCUGUUCAUCAAAAACCUCAACUUUGUCACCACAGAAGACACACUGAAGGAGAUGUUUUCCAAGGUGGGAGCUGUGAAGAGCUGCACAAUCUCAAGGAAGAAAGACAAAGCAGGCACUUUACUUUCUAUGGGCUUUGGAUUUGUGGAGUACAGAAAACCCGAUCAUGCUCAGAAAGCCCUUAAACAGCUCCAGGGUUGCUCAGUGGAUGGCCAUCAGCUGGAAGUGAAGAUCUCUGAAAGGGCCAUCAAGCCCACUGUGACAUCAUCCCGUAAAAAACAAACACUCAAGAAACAAAAGAACUCCAAAAUUUUGGUCCGAAAUAUCCCAUUCCAGGCAACUGUGAGGGAAAUCAGAGAGCUGUUCAGCACCUUUGGAGAGCUGAAGACCGUCCGCCUGCCAAAGAAAAUGGCUGGGACAGGGUCACACCGUGGCUUUGGAUUUGUGGAUUUCAUCACCAAACAGGAUGCCAAGAAAGCCUUCAACGCCCUGUGUCACAGCACGCAUUUGUAUGGCAGGAGGCUGGUCUUGGAGUGGCCCUGAGAAGGAAAACAGCCGAGCAUUUUCAUGAUUCCCCAAAGAAGAAGAAGCGUUCUGGAGCUUUGGACGAAAUCCUGGAGCAGCUGGAGAAGGACGGGGAUGACGAUGCAAGUGACUAGCUGACUCAUCGGCCGCUGUUCAGUUUCUGAGGGUCAUCUGCUGAUGGACACCGAAUGAGUGCAUCUUCUGUCCACAUCUGUAUUCUUCAGCCAAGAGAAUUAAGCACAUUUGUUGCCAUCUGAAGCAUCUUUCCCAGGCCUUUAAACCAGGGAACGAAUUCUUGCUUCAGAUGCUGAUCUGGUAGCCAGGCCCAUUAAACCUAAAAGUGCACCUUAAAUUCUCAGGUGGAAGGCAAGGCUUUUUCAUCUGUGAGCAACACAUACCAGUGAGCAGUCGCCUGCAGAAUACCCUGUUAUACCAGAGGAUUUCAGGCUCGAACAUUAACUCCUUCACCACAAUGAGCUGCACACCAGUCAGCACUGAAAUAUGGGGAGCUGAUCCUUCAAACUGAGAAAGCUACAUCCCUAGAGAACGUCAGGAAUUCUCUUUUAUAACAGAUUGUUUGUACCACUUGAAUAAUUUAAAAAACGUUUGCAUACUUUAAAAAAAUUACUAAAAAAAAUUACUAAAAA